UAUCUUUUUUCAUACCCAUGGGUAUAACAGUGGGUAUAGAAGUUUGUAAAGCAAAAGUGGAAGCAGAAAUAUUACAAUCAUAUCCACACGAUCACCAAACUGGUAGCAGAAAUAAGUAAACAAACUGAAUAGUGCGCAGAGAACAGUCUUUUGUUAGUGUAAACAGACAAUAUGGAUGACAGUGAAAGUUCAUGCAUACGGAGAAGAAAAUUAUGCGCUGUCGUAGCAUUGACAUCAACACUUGCGAGAGAAAAGUCACGAUGUAAAAUUAAACGUAGGGCACGACAAUGGUGGACAAAACCUUGGCUCCAGAAACGAGAUGAAGGAAAUGGCCACGGCAUGUUGUCUUUACUCCGGAAUGAAUUGAGGCUAUAUGACACCGAGAGUUUUAGAAACUUUGUGCGAAUGGAUGGGGCUCUUUUUGACGAAUUGUUGGGACGAGUGUGUCCCAUCAUUCAGAAGCAGAAUACAGUAAUGAGGGAAGCCAUCAAGCCCCGUGACAGGCUGGCUGUCACCCUUCGGUAUUUGGCAACAGGAUGCACAUACAAAGACUUGCAGUACUCGACAAGAAUUGCGGCAAGCACACUUGGUGUCAUCAUACCAGAAACAUUGCAGGCAAUUUAUGACACAAUGAGGGAUGAAUGCAUCAAAGCGCCAGAUACUCCCGCUGAAUGGGAAGUGGUUUCUAAUGGUUAUCACAGCAUGUGGCAACUGCCUCACUGCAUUGGUGCCCUUGAUGGAAAACACAUCAACUUCAGACCGCCUCGAAACAUGGGCUCUUUCUUCAGGAAUUACAAAGGGCAUGACAGCAUUGUACUGUUGGCGCUUGUUGAUGCAGAAUACAAAUUUUUGUAUGUAAAUGUAGGAGUCAACGGCCGCAUGAAUGAUGCUGGAGUCUUUCGUGAGAGUGACCUUUCUGAAGCAUUACUUGGUGGGACUCUCAAUUUGCCCAAAAGCCGUCCACUGCCUGGAAGAGACUUGCCUAUGCCAUUUGUAAUAGUUGCUGACGAUGCAUUUCCACUUACACAAAAUAUAAUGAAGCCCUACCCAGACAAAAAUCUUUGUCAGGCCAAACGCAUUUUUAACUACAGAUUGUGCAGAGGACGUCGUGUGGUUGAAAAUGCAUUUGGUAUGAUGUCGAAUAAAUUCAGAAUAUUGCUGUCAACACUUCAGUUACCAGUUAAGAAAGUGGAGUUGUUGACAGCAGUAUGCUGUAUUUUGCAUAACUUCAUUCUGUUGCGAAAGAAUGUGCAUUACCUUAAGUCAUGUGUUGCGGAAGACACUGCUGAAAUUGACGAUUUCCUGCCAGUACUGCAAGGCCUUAGCCAACAGGGUGGAAAUCACCACAGCAGAGGGGCAGCAGCUGUUCGAAAUGAAUUCAGUGAAUAUUUCAGUGGUGUUGGAUCUGUUCCAUGGCAGGAUUCUAAGGUAAGGCUAAAUCAGUGGUAGGAAUUCUAUUCUUAACUGUCAAAGAGAGAGGCACAUCCAAAAUAAAUAAGUGAAUAAAAAUAAAUAAAUACAAUAAUGUUAUUUAUUUACUUCUUCACAUAAUUUCUAAUCAUUCUGUAACAGCUUUGUGAUCUUUUAAGUAUUUUACCGGUAAUUUUACUUUCGUAUGGUAGGUUAGGUUAAGUAAGCAAAAUCUGUAAUACUGUAAAAUCUUGUGACUGGUAGGUUUGUUCAGAUUCGCUACAUUAUAAAUAAUGUAUAAUAGUGUGGAGAGGUUGGCAGGGUUAACUUAACAUUUAAAAUACUGCAAAAUUGAAGCAAAGGUCGUUUAGGUUAGGUUCGUGACACUUAAAUUUUUAUUGUGGGACGAUUACCUAAUUAACACCGAAAGAAACAGACUGAUUAUCAUGGUUUAUUAUUUUUUAUUUUUAGAGUGAACACUGAGUGAUGCUAGUUGAGUGGAAUAACUAUGAAGUUAUUUUUAAUUUUGGAGGCAUUAAUGGCAAAUUGCCUAAGCUAAAAUAGGUUAUGUUGGUGGAUAGAAAGAAAACAAAA